ACGGGGUCUGUCUACAGGGGUCAUUGUACAUGAUUCCGCGGGGCAGUCUUGUGGAAAAAUUCUAAGCAAACCAGCUUAUACUUUACAGAGAGCGAGCAGCGACGGAAACGUCUAGUACGGCGUUUGUUGUGCGUGGUGGGAUUAUAUAGACAGGCUCUGAUACAAGCAUGCUCGUGAUAUAGCACUGCUUGUGAUCGGUCAGUGCGUGCGUUCACGUGUGUGUUUGCGUGCUGCUUGCACGCGAUAGAAAGUGCUAACAAUUUUCGAUGUCGUUGCACCGUUGUGGGCCGGCAGUGACGACUUAACUCAUAUAUAUAAACAUAACAUAUAUACGUGACAGAGCGUUACAUACGGUAGACGCACAUAGGAACUGAAAGGAAGGCUUGUGUUCGCGCUCAUAUAUCAAUAAUAGCAACAGCUGAUGUUAUACAGCUCGCGUUUCUACUGGCACAGCAGCAGUAGCAGCAGCAGUACCGCGCCUGCAUGCGCCCUCGCACGUCCGUAAUGCGGCCGAGUUCAGAUUAGCGGUGCGCUGCUCGUCUGUACGCUCGCGCUCGCUCUCACACUCACUGACGCGCCGGCUACGUGCAGCACGAGGAGCAGCAGCAGCAGAGCCAUGAAGCAUCCUAGGAUGGAGCAAGAUGCGUUCAGGCUUCCCUCGCAGACCUACUCGCGUCAGAAGAGUGCCUUGAACAGGGAGCAUCAUCAUGGUAAGGAGGGCCACCAACCACGCGGUCACCGCAACCACGAACUCGUGCGCAACAUCCACACUAUCAACGGCUGUCAGCUGUACAUACUCAAGAGUCGCACGGCGGCCGAGUGUAAGAGCGGCGGUGGCGGCGGCAGCGGACGCGGCCCGACGACAGUCAGCGCCGACGAUCUGUCGCCGUGUAAGCCGACGACGGCCGGGGAGUCGGAGGAUGCGGGAAGCUGCAAGAGCGACACGGAUAGUAUGACGUCGACUAACGGCGGAGGCUCGUCGUCCGUCGACUCGCUGCCGAGUCUGACGACGACAGCAGCGACGCGCAGUACGCUCAACCCGAAGGCCAUUAAGUUUGUGCAGAAGGAGCACCGGCACGACAUGACGACGUCGGCAGCCGACGUCGGAUACACUCGCUCGCAUCUCAUGAACUACAUUACUGACGGCGGCGGCGGCGGCGGCGGAGGAGGAGGCGGCGGUGGCUUCCAGAAGCAGGCGGAGGCAUACUCGUACGUGUACGCGGCGUCAUGUGCGGCUCUACAGCUGGAGAACGGUUACUCGUCGUUCGCUAGCGGCGAUAUGCAGUCGUCGCCCGCCGUCGCUGCUGCCGCCGCCGCCGCCGCUGAGCAGCAGAACGGCGUUGCCGUGGCGACGGACAUACAGAAUGGUUACACGACGCUCGGGUAUGCAGCGACGAUCCAAAAUGGCUACCAGACGCACAGUGGCACGGCGGGGCCCACCCCUUUCUACGGUUAUAAAAACAGCUCCCCGUGUGUGUCCCCACAAGCCAACAUUUACACUACCGGAGCAGCCAUGGGUAAGAAUUUGUAG